UUCCAUAAUAAAGUGAAAUAAUACUAUAAAUACAGCUCAAUUCUCUUCAUAUUCUUCACCGAAAAAAAAGUAUUACAACAAACCCUAGAAAAAAAAAAUCUCAAUGGCACCAAAGAGAAAGCAAAAUGUGGAGCAGCCAUUGACGACCCGAGCAGUUCGAAGCUCGACCCGAAUUGCUAACAAACCCGUUUUGGCUGACCCGGAACCACCAAAGCCAAAACGGGUCAAGAAGGCCAACUCUGAACCCGUUUCAGCUGACCCGGAACCAGAAAAACGGGUCAAUAAGGAAAACUCUGUACCCAUUUCAGCUGAUCCGAAAUCACCAAAAGCAAACCGGGGCAAGAAGGCCAUCCCGGAAGUGAAGGCCGGGUCGAAGGUGGUUGUGGUGGAGCACUGUACACAGUGUAGGCAGUUCAAGAUUCGAGCUGUGAAAGUGAAAGAAGAGCUGGAGAAGGGAGUACCCGGAUUGGAAGUUCGGGUCAACCCGGAAAAACCAAGAAGGGGUUGCUUUGAAAUUCGCGUAGAUGGUGAAAAUGGUGAGAAGUUUAUUAGUCUUCUGGAUAUGAAAAGGCCAUUUGGACCUAUGAAGGCACUUGAUAUGGAUGAGGUCAUUUCUGGUAUUAUUGAAAAAAUUAAGUAGGUUUAUUAGGUGUUGGGGUGGGGGUGGGGGUGUUUAGAGUUUAUGUUAUGAUAGUUUUAUUAUUAGGUGUUUUUGGGGUUUGGGGUUAUGUUUGGAUUGAGGAUAUGAUUUUGUGUUUUGUUUGGUUAUGUCAAUCCAUUGUUGUAGCCCUUUGAUAAUGGAAAAGAAUCGAUUGUGAUC